AGACCAGUUAACGAACCGCCUCUUCUGCUAUGCGGACCAAAACGCAGACACGUCUCUCUGCUCUUCUCCUCUCUCACACUCUCACUCUCCCCUCAAUUCAUUUUCCUUCCCUAUAAAACCCUAACCUCUCUCUGAUGAUCUGAGUCUGAUCACACAGUGAUGAUGCGGAUGCUGAGGUCACACAGCAGCAGCUUCAGAGCCUCAAUCUUCGAGUCCAAUCACUCAAAGGUUGGGCUCCGCCACAUCGUCACCGCCUGCAGAGCCGUGGUGCUGCCGCGCUUCGGCGGGCCUGAAGUUCUGGAGCUCCGCCCAAUCGUCGACGUUCCUGAUCUCAAGCCCAAUGAGGUCCUCGUUCGCACUCGCGCCGUCUCGAUCAAUCCUCUUGAUACCAGAAUGCGGUCUGGCUAUGGUCGUUCAAUAUUUGGACCUCUUCUACCUCUUAUUCUGGGACGUGAUAUCAGUGGUGAAGUUGCAGCUGUGGGGGCUUCAGUUAAGGGACUUACUGUAGGACAAGAAGUUUUUGGUGCAUUGCAUCCGACUGCUGUCAGGGGUACUUAUACCGAUUAUGCAAUUCUCUCAGAAGAUGAACUUGCCCCAAAACCAGCAUCAAUCACACAUGUGGAAGCAAGUGCCAUUCCUUUUGCCGCGUUGACUGCUUGGCGUGCUCUGCAAGGUACUGCAAGGAUAUCUGAGGGGCAAAGACUGUUAGUAGUGGGCGGUGGAGGAGCUGUAGGCUUUGCUGCAAUCCAGCUUUCAGUAGCUGCAAGGUGCCAUGUUACUACGACAUGUGGACGCCAAAGUAUAGAUCGAGUAUUGGCAGCUGGUGCUGAGCAGGCUAUUGACUAUACGACUGAGGACAUGGCAUUGACAAUAAAGGGCAAGUUUGAUGCUGUUUUGGAUACCAUUGGUGGGCCAGAGACGGAAAGAAUAAGCGUAAGUCUUUUAAAGAAAGGCGGACACUAUAUGACACUUCAGGGCGAGGCAGCAUCUUUGACUGAUAGAUAUGGAAUAGCAAUUGGGCUUCCAGUAGCAACUGCGGUCUUACUGAAGAAACAGAUCCAGUACCGGUAUUCUCAUGGAAUAGAGUACUGGUGGACUUUCAUGAGAGCUGACUCGGAAGGGUUACAUGAGAUACGAAAGCUAUCUGAAGCUGGAAAGCUAAACAUACCUGUGGAGAAAACAUUUCCUAUCUCUCAAGUGAGAGAGGCUCACGAGGCAAAGGAGAAGAAGCAGAUUCAUGGUAAAGUAGUACUCGAACUUGACUGAAGAAAAUAGCCUUAGCCUACACCGUUUAUCCUAGUUCUCACACAUUCAUCACUCCAUUUUGCCCUUGGCAUCUAUGUUGGUUGUUGCUCUACACCAUUUGGUUGAAGAGAGAGGUGACUGCAUUAGAACUUCUCAGUGCAAUAAUAACUAGCAGUUGUACAGGGGUUAAAGUUUUUUUUUGUUUUUUUCCCAGUUUGCAGUCUGUAAAUGUUUUAGAAGUUUCAGUUAAUCCAGUUAGAUCCCCAGCCUAAAAUAUCAUCCAUUAUCAUGGAAUGGUAGUCUGGGACUGCAACUGAAUGUCUAAAUAGGUAGUUUUCAACUGGAUGUUGGUCUGCCCUACUUAUUUGAAGUGAAACCUUCUACUGGUUUCCAUUUUUGACUACAUAGUUUUUGGA